ACCCUGGGACGGCGCUGAAGCUGUGACGUCAUCAUGAUGAUCUGGUCGCCGACCAUUGCUCUGCUGAGCGCUGCGAUGAAUCUCACUGUGCCGGCCAACACGACUGGGCCCGAGGUUCCGUCAGCCCGCAAAGCUGCAACUACAGAGAUUGCCACUUGCGACAACGGCAAGGGCCAGCUUGUCUACGAAAGGAUACCAGGAUACCAACUGCAGGGAUACGACCAGGACCAGUCGACGAAGUCUGUGCUGCCGCUACAACUGCUCGAGGAAUGUCAGCGCGCAUGCCUGAAGGACCUAACGAUCCAAAACAACCUGCUGCGACCCUGCGGAUCGAUCGACUUCCACCCCGGCGAACCGUACGGCAAUGGCCAGUACGACUCGUCUAUGUGCUACCUGACGGAAGAGAAGGCGACCCCAGACGGCAUCGGCACCUUCGUCCGCGUGCCUGGCUACAUCCACUUCAACAAAGUCUGCAUGCCCUCUCAGCCCAUCAGCCGACACUGUCCCGAGCGGAUGUACGUCUUCGAGCGUCAUCUGGAGAAGAGCUUCCGACCCCAGCGGAACAACUGCACCGAGCGACGAGUCGAGGACCGGCUGACGUGCGAGCGCAUGUGUCUGAACUCUGAGGACGAGGUGUGCCGGUCGGCCUCGUACAACUCUGUCAACCAGACCUGCUUCAUGUGCCCGAUCACGUGGCGCUCCGCCCCGGCGCUCUUUGUCGAUAAGGCCGGCGAGGAGUACAUCGAGAACAUGUGCCUUGAGACCGUGUCCAUCACAGAGUCGCGCCGGUGCGAGCGGCCCGACCACCUCAUCUUCGUCGAGGAGGCCAACCGCUCGCUCCGCACGCCCAACAAGCCCACGCGCGUCCGCGACCUCUCGGUCAAGGAGUGCAAGAGGCAGUGCGCCGAGCACCAGCAGAUCUUCUGCCGGGCGCUGGAGUACAAGCCACUGACCAACGAGACGGGCGACUGCUACCUGCUGGAGGACGACAGUCUGAGCGUGUCGCCAGAGACGCGGGGCGCUGACAGCCGCGACGACACCAACCUCAUGGAGCUCAUGUGUCUCGACCACGUGAUACAGCAGCUGUCGGACCGAACCGGGGCGGGACGGAACGCCGACGGCGACGGCGCCGACGGGCGGCGACCGGCACCCGGCGGCGACGACCAGGUCUUCUUCAGAGAGGGCCUGCACCGGGAGGCGGACCGCGAGUACGUGACGGCGUUCCGCCGGUACAGCCGCAACCGUCUGGAGGGUGCCCAGGUGAUCACCCAGCUGCCCGACACCUCUGACAGGAUGUGCAUGCUGGCCUGCCUCCAGACGCCAGGCUGCCAAGCCAUGACGUACAGCAAGCGGUUCUCCAUGUGCGAGCUGUACCACCAGAAGGACGGCAUGGGCGGCGCUCGACUGGUCUACCACGAUGACUACAAUUACUACGAGAACCUGCUUGGAGGCGGCUCCGGUGGCUUCUUCGGCGGCUCCAGCCGCGUUCCCUUCGACGGCGACGAGGGGCGUUACGACGACCGGCGCGGAGGCUUCGGCGGCGGAGGCUUCGGCAGCGGCCGGUUUGGCGGAGGCGGUCGGUUCGGCGGCGACGGGUUCGGUAGCCGCGCGCGCAGCUGCUUCGAGGACCGCUUCACGCUGAAGGAGACCGGCCGCCGCCUGAGGCCCGAGCACACCAGUGACCGGCUGUCCGUCUCCUCGCUCAGCCAGUGCGAGGAAGAGUGCGUGCGCACGAAGAAGUUUGUCUGCAAGUCCUUCUCGUACAGAUACAGCUCAUCCGGAACGAGCGCCUCUCUGGACAACUGCGAGCUGAGCAACUUCGACUCGCGCGACUCGCGCAGCGAGGACCGGUACUUCGAGAUGGACCGCGAUUACGACUACUACGACCGCUCGCGCAUCGAGAACUGCAUUGACCACGAGAUCGGUGGUUCCGUCUGGCGGAAGUGGCGGCAGCUUCUCAGGCAGCAGCGGCUUCUCUGGCAGCAGCAGCAGCAGCAGUGGAUUCGGCGGCGGUGGUGGAAGCUUCAGCGGCGGCAGCGGCGGCGGCGGGGGUUCGGAGGCGGGAACGGUCUCGGCGGUGGUUUCGGAGGCGGGAUCGGCAGACCGGGCGGCUUCGUCGGCGGGGGCGGCGGUUUCUCCGAACAAGGCUUCAUUAGCACCGACGGAGGAGAUGUGACCGCCACCUGUGACGAGAACGGCAUGGAGCUGACGCUGCAGGCCAACGCGCCCUUCUACGGCCGCAUGUACACGUACCGGCACUACGACCAGUGCAGCGUGGUGGGGCGCGGCGACCGCGUCAUGUCGCUUCGCAUCAGCGCCGACGGCGGCUUCCCUGCCUGCGGCACGCAGAGGUUCGGAGACGUCAUGCAGAACAUCGUGGUGGUCCAGUUCAGCGAGUACGUGCAGACCAACUUCGACAAGCGCUACAACCUGACCUGCUACUUUCAAGGGCCGGGUGAGGCUGUCGUCACAUCCGGUUAUAUCUCAGCCAGCCCCGGCCAGCUGACGCCCAUCAUCGACCUGCCGGCGCGCGAGGUGCUGGACUCGCGCGUGCGCCUGGCCAUCCUGUACCAAGGCCGGCCGACCACGACCAUCGCCGUCGGCGACCCGCUAACCUUCCGCCUGGAGACUCAGUCCGGCUCCAACCUGGUCACCGACAUCUUCGCCACCAACGUCAUCGCGCGCGACCCGUACUCGGGCCGCUCGGUCGAGCUGAUCGACAGAUACGGAUGUCCGACAGACCCACGCCUCUUCCCCGGCCUGGACCUGUCCCGCGACGGCAGGCUGGAGGCUCGCUUCAGCGCCUUCAAGAUUCCGCAGUCCAACUACCUGCUGUUCGAGGCGACCGUGCGCCCGUGCCGCCAGCGCUGCCGUCCGGCCACCUGCGCUGUGGACGGCCGCGAGGAGGUGUCGUUCGGCCGGCGGCGGCGACGCGCGCUGCCUGAGAACGCCACGGAGGAGCUGCCGCUGCCGGACCCGGCCGACGAGCCGGUGGAGCCGCAGGAUGAGGAGAUCGGGCCCGACAUCGACCCCAAGGACAGCGAGGAGUAUGUCAAGCGACUGAUGAGCGUGUUCUACACCCGGGAGGAGCUGGUGGCCGAGGAGGUGAAGGUUCCAGAGGAUGUCUGCAUCUCGUCGGCCGAGUACUACGGUCUGCUGGCCACCAUGGUGGUCCUGAUGGUGCUGAUGGUGCUGGGCGCCGUGCUGGCCGGCCUCUGGUUCCGCCGCAGCCGCCUGCUCGCCUACAAGAAUCAAGACGCCGAUAUGACUUCGCCGCUGCCCCGAGCCUUCUCCGCUCCUGGCAUCGGCAAGAACACAUUCUCCUUCCUGCACGGAAAACGGUCGUCUCCGAUGGGCCACAGCUUCCCCCAGGGCAGCGCCAACCCGGCAUACGACGUGGACGGUCCGCCGGCGCCGCGUGGCCGCAAGUUCGACGACCCGAGCGAGCCCAUCUACACGGACCCGUCGCUGUUCGAGCGCUCGCGCAGCCUGCGUUCCGUCUCCGCCUCAGAGUUCGGCCAGACGCGCAGCGCCGAUCAGCAGUGACGGCCGCGCCAGCACGGGCGGGGCGCGCCGG